GACAUCAACGAAUCUUCAAUUACAAAAGAAUCUGAAACUUUACAAAAGUCUAUAAACAUCUCCAUUCAAACUCAAAUAUUUUGACUUACCUUUUCAACAUACCAAUAAAUUCAAGAAAUCUAUAAGCCAACAGGUAACAAUUUGAGAUGUCUUUCCAACAAAUUCCCAAGGGCCAAUCAGAAAGUCCCCCCAUUCCACCUGCGAACUCGCAAGUCAACCCGGAACCCCCCACACGUUUGCAAAAUCUUCCUGUGGAGAUUCUAGGUCAGAUAUGCCAGGAUUCUAUGGAGGAAGAGAUGGGUGUAAAUCCUGGCAACAUCACACGCAGCUUGCCGACUCUUGUCACCAGCUUUAAGUGUGGAGUGAACGAUCAACGACGUAAAGCUUAUAUCUAUCUUUUAGAUGUUUGCAGCAAAACUUUUGUCUAUUCACUUCACUUUGGCAAUAACUGGAAGCUACCAAUAGAUUCUGAAGAGGGUGGAGUAGUCCGAAACAUUGUCAUUAAAUAUGUGCCUGGGAUCCGGGGACAUCACUCUUCCGACCCCUGGCGCUUUGGGAUUUCCAGGAAUAGCCAUGUUGCUUCCGAUACCAAUUCAUCAGCGGGGCAAUCAAUUGUUGUCAAAGACGAGGGUUACUACUGCUGGAGUCCAAUACCAGAGGUAGUGAACCCGUCACUAGACAGCUUACCCAAUCUUCGUUUAAUUCAACUAGAGUUCAAGACCUUCUGCUCUUCCUUCGGAUCAAAAAGCCUGGGCAUGUGUAGAAUUUUGCAAAGUUUUCUGGACUACCAUAAAGACUUCAAACUCAAAUCCGCCACAAUUGAGCCAAAGGGUAUUACGCCAUGGGACGACAUGCCGCGAUUCAUGAUCUCGCAGGUUACCGUAAUGGCAGGCCACGAAGUCUGUUUUGGUGUCACAGAUAAGAGAAUCUGGAAAUUGAAAGCUUUUGGAGGACAGAAAGAUGUUAGAUCGGAAGUUGUGAAUUUGAAUCUAGAAUUCAAUGAGCCCAUGCGCAACCCCGAGCUUGUCGAGGUGUUGCGGGGAAGCAAGUGGACAUGGGUACUUGAAAGAGAAGAGAAGUAGUUCAAUAUCUUAGAGAUAACGGACUGGCGUAAAGAUUAGCGGACCAUAAACAUAUCUUACUAGAUGUUACUUAUAUCAGAAUAAUGAUUUAAUGAAGUUGGGCCAUUUCUUGAAGCCACAGCCAUGCAGUUUGCGUGUCAACGUCUCAUGAAAAAAGUGAUUAAUCCUCUCAUUUCCAGGAUGAAAUCUGAUCCAUAUACCCACCAUCUUUCUGUGAGUCUUUGCAGAUAUAGAGCGCGGAUAAAGAAGUAGCAUCAGAUGAAGUGGAGUGGAGUGAAGUGAAGUAAUGUCA